CCUCGGCCGCGGCUUUCACGGCGAAGGCUCCCGCAGGCUGCGUGGGCUGGGCAUGCGCAGAGCGGGCCGGCGCGGUUGCCGUGGCAGCGCCGGUCCGAGGGGAGGGCGGCGGGAGAGCUCGCCCCGAGCCGGCGACCGGCAGGUUGAGGCGGCUGCGCGGCCCCAGAGAGUCCGCGGCGGCCGGAGGCGGCGCCGGCCAGGCCUGAGCGGCAGGGCGUGGCGCCCGCGCCCGUGGGGAUGCGGGACCGGCUGCCCGACCUGAGGGCGUGUAGAAAGAGUGAUGAUGGGGACACAAGUGUUAUUGUUGAGAAGGACCAUUUCAUGGAUGAUUUCUUCCAUCAGGUCGAGGAGAUCAGGAACAGUACAGCUAAAAUAGCUCAGUAUGUUGAAGAAGUAAAGAAAAACCACAGCAUCAUUCUUUCUGCACCAAAUCCAGAAGGAAAAAUAAAAGAAGAGCUUGAAGAUCUGAACGGAGAAAUCAAGAAAACUGCUAACAAAAUCCGAGCCAAGUUGAAGUGUAUUGAGCAAAGUUUUGACCAGGAUGAGAGUGGGAACCGGACUUCGGUGGAUCUUCGCAUACGGAGAACCCAGCAUUCUGUACUAUCUCGGAAGUUUGUAGAAGUGAUGACGGAAUAUAAUGAGGCACAGACGCUGUUCCGGGACCGAAGCAAAGGACGGAUUCAGCGUCAGCUAGAAAUUACUGGAAGAACCACGACAGAUGAUGAGCUGGAGGAGAUGCUGGAGAGUGGAAGUCCUUCUGUCUUCACGGCAGACAUUAUAUCAGAUUCACAAAUUACUAGACAAGCUCUUAAUGAAAUUGAGUCUCGUCACAAGGACAUCAUGAAGCUAGAGACCAGCAUCCGGGAGCUGCAUGAGAUGUUCACGGACAUGGCUAUGUUCGUGGAGACCCAGGGUGAAAUGAUCAACAACAUAGAAAAAAACGUUAUGAACGCCACAGACUACGUAGAGCAUGCUAAAGAAGAAACAAAGAAAGCUAUUAAAUAUCACAGCAAAGCUAGAAGGAAAAAGUGGAUAAUUGUAGCUGUGUCAGUGGCUCUGGUUGCUGUAAUUGCUCUAAUUAUUGGUUUAUCAGUUGGCAAAUGAUGAUGUGGAUCACGUCCAUGUGCAUGCCCCCCUGCCAGCGAGGCAAAAAUGAUGUUCAUUACUAUUUGUGUAAUUAUUUUGCUUGUGAUCCUUGGAAUUGUCCUAGCAACAACACUGUCAUAGCAGCCAGAUCCCAAGAGCCACUCUCCCUGGAGUCACACCACACCUGCAGCAAGUCCAUGUCCUCCCAGUCCAGGACUGAGCUCCAGGCACUGUGACGUGUGGUGCUGGGUGCUGGUCUCUGGUUAGAGAAGGCCAGGGGAGACUCAAGGGACACAUCAUUCAGGGGAAGUCUGUGUGGGAUGGGUGUGACGAGUUACCCCAAACAUCCCUGGACUCUGAGCAGCACACAACAAAAAUGUAACAAUGUGAAACUUAUUUCAAUGGCCUUAAAAUAAGGAAUUAUUGAAAAUUUCAAUUUUUUUUAUAUUUCAGUGUUAAAAAUGCAUGUGAAGUUUAAUAAGGAAUAUUUUGUUAGGAAGCUCGUAGAUGUCGGGUCUGAGCUUUCCUUCCCUAUCCCCUCCCGGCUAACAUGCUAAUUGAGACGUUUUUGUACUGUGUUUAAUUUGUGUUUGUUUGCAACAAAAAUUUUUAUCACAGAGCUGUUUUGUAAGAUAUCUAUAAUUUUAAAUGUUUAUAUUGUUUAAUAUAUUAACAUCUUAAUUUACUCCAUUUUUAUAUAUUAUUGCCUUUUGAAAGAAACUUCAUAUUAUCAGAACCUCCUUUGCUCAGCUGUUUACAGUUUGCCGUUGGCAUAGCUCACAUGGGCUGCAAAGCCCCUGAAAAGUCUUUCAAGUGCCUUCUGUUGAUGCUGAUUUGUGAGGUUCCAGUGCACCUGACACCCCCAGGAAAGCCCUCAUUGUUGUACUCCUGUCCACUCCUCUGUACUCACGUCCACUGCCCGAGAUAAUAAAUCAGUUACUCACUGUGAAAGACCACGGCCUUGUGUUUAUUCAUUAGAAGUUGUGUUUACGUGCUCCUGUUUACUUCAAAGGUGGUGAGAAGACCGAGAUCUCAGACUUUCUAAACUCAUAGAAAUUAUUUCCAGACGUUAACUCUUCUAACCAUACACUGUGUACAGAUUGCUUAGCUGCGCUUUAAGGGCUUACUGUUCUGCUGAACCUCAAAAGUGAAUUCACAAAGUUGAUAGGAGUCUAUGAUAAACAAACAUUUGUAUUGCCCAUUAAUGUUUUUUAGUAUAAUAUGUGUUUUAUUUUUUGACUUGUAAGACGUAGGAGUCUUACUAGCGAGUGCACAAGAUAGCAGCUGGUCAGAGUUGUAAAUGAAUGUGAAGGAUGCUCAAAACGUUACUCACUCACUGCUGUCUGCGCCUCUGUUCUGAUGCCAGUUCUGACUGAGGGAGACAUUUUUGAUUUUAUGUAGUAAUUGUGAACAUCGAGCAGUUUGGAGACUGUGCCUUAUGUAAUACAAUUAUGCAUUCCACCCCAACAGCUGCAUCCAGCGGCCUAGCUUAGACUCAGGUGUGAACGGAUGCAUUUCGUCUGUUUGCUGAUUACCGCUGGGUACUCACUGUUAGGAGAGGAGUGUCCUGGCUAUCACGUGUGUUUUUAAAAACCUUUAAAUGGCCUGUGAAUGGGGUGUGCUCACUGACAUGUGCAUAUGUUGGAAACGUGCCUUGAGGGAUCUUUAAAUAUUUAGCGAUCAUGCUUGAAUUAGUACGGCUUCCGUGCACCUGUCUGUGUAAUCAUGUCCGUGUGCAGAUGGCGUCUCUGUGGAUACUGGCCUGCGUCUUCCUCCAGCCCUGCUUCUGCCUCAUACCAGUGCGUGGUUCUGGCCACUCACCCUCCAUCUGAAGGCCUUACUGGAUGGAUCUGCGCUUUUGCGGAUGAAGUUACGGAUUUCUUUUUAAAUAAACAUUUAUGUCAUCAGCAGUACGUCUGUGUGUGUAAGCCUCAAGCACCUGUUUGAGGUGAGAUUUUUAAAAAUAUACCUACAGGUUUGUGUGUUACUGUUUAUCAUUUCUUCAAAUAUUUUAUGUUUACAUUAAAAAAAAAAAACUGCCAGAGAACCGAAAAAAAAUUUACUUUCUGUCUUGUCAAUUCUGGAAAGAUUUUUGGGGAGAUACUUAA